UUAUUUUGCAGGUGCAAGGUGCGAGGUGUAAGAAAUAUAAAAUUAGGUACACAACUCUUUUUAUUUCACACGCAUUUAAAUUUUGUAACAUUAGUUAAAAUUUAAGUAAUUUGUUUAAUUAAUUGUCAUUCAGUACUACAAUCUUGUGGUAUUUCUUUUUGUUGAGAAGUGAGAGGUCUUACGUUCGAAUCUUGCAAAUUGCGAAUUUGAUACCAAAUUAGGCUGUCUAUUGUGUGGCUUUGCCGAACUCCUUUUUUCCCUAGUGUAAAAAUAUCGAUGUACUCAGAAAAAAAAAAAUUUAUAAAUUGAAAAAAUAUUAAAAGGAUAGAUGAUGGAAUUACACGAUUGGUUAAUACCCUUCCCCUAGUUUUUUACUCUUCUGCCCUAAUUUCUUCCUUGUUUCGGAUCCUAUCAUUUUACUCUUGUGUCCUAAUUUUUUUCCUUAUUUCAGACCCUAGUUUUUUACUCGUGUCCUAAUUUCUUACUUAUUUUGGACCCUAAUUUCUGUGCCUAGGGCUACAAAAUACUUGGUGUGCAAGAUGACGCAAUACUAGGGUUGAGUGCCUUAUAAAUAUUAAGCUUGGCCGGUUUGGCCGCUUGGCCGCUUGUACUCUAGUGUUUUAUUUGCUCUCAAACUUUGCUUCUUUGCUUUUGGACUGUGUAACCAUGGAGGCAGAAGCUGGACCAACAGAGUUGGAUGGUGGCUCAUCAGGAUUCUACUGGAUCCCUCAAUGGCGCACGAUUCUUCCCCAUGUGUCAGCAAUCGUUGUCGUCCUGCUGGCACGAUUUCUCCACAUGACGCUAGCAUUCCAGUUGGGAUUUGUAUGCGUGGCUCUGGCCAUUGCCACCGAUUGGUCACAAUCACGGUCACGGUCACGGAAGAUGGAAAUGGAAGAGGACAUGCCAACACUGGAAAUAAAGAAGCGGCAGCCAGAAAAUAACAAGGGUAGUAAGAAGAAGAAGUGCAUAAUGAGGAGAGAAAUAUCUAAACUGGAGAAAAUAAAGGAAGACGAUCGAACAAACACGGAUCCGGAUAAGGUCUUCAGUGCAAGUGUGGUAACAUAUGUGAAUGACAAUACAAACGGUGUACCCAAAAUCACAUUUGAAGACCAUAGAAGAACGACAGCGAGGUGUAUUGAAGGAUUGAAAGCGGAAGCCAAAGACUACUAUUUCUUCACCUGUAAAGUCAAACAUGACAGCGUCUUGAGUCCUUCCUUGGUCGCAUUCAACGAGGAAAAGGGCGUUUGGAUCUUAUUCUACCAAAAAUUCAAUUGUUACAUCAACAAUUGGGACUUGAAGAAAGAAAUACCGGAUUCGACGUCCCGACAAAUGUGCUGGCUCAAAUCAAUCAAGAGAAUCCUGAAGAGCAUUGCGUCCACCCACAAACAGAAACUAACCCACUCUGGUUUGGACAGGCAUUCCAGUUAUGUCAUUCAAGAUGGGGAAUUAAAACUUAUAAACAUCAAGUCUCAGAAUGCUACCAUGUCUGAAGCAAGCAUGAGGAACGACUUCAUACAAUUCAGAGACUUUCUAAGGGAAAGGUUGCCAAAGACAUGGAGGGACCUAAACUUGUUUCUGGAUUUCUUCAACAAACCUAUAGAGUUCGAAAGCUAUGUUGAAAAACUCAUUAGACACCCUUUCCUCAUGAGUUCUCAGAACAGACUGAAGUACUUUUUCAGGAUAGAUCAGGCCUUUGAACAAAAUAUUAUAUCUCAACAUCACUUUGAAAAGAGUUUCCAAGAUGGUUCUUUUUCGAGGUAUAUGGGCUGGAAUUCAACCAGAAUGUACAACCGAAUGAGUCAAGACCUAAAAGCCACUAUCGAUUAUGGGAAAAGUCAUUGGAUAACUUACGAAGGUCAUCUGUUGGUUACGCUUGUUAUGUUUUUGAGGAAUGUCUAUGUGCACCGUGCCAAUUCUGGGAACUAUGAGCUUCUUGACAAGGAGGUCAAUAGAUUAUAUCCUGGAUUUUUAAGCAAUUUGCACUUGUUAUUGCCGUCAAAGGAAGAACUGAAUCGACCAACCGUCCGAAUGGAAGCAGAAGGAGAAGCAGGCCAGGGUCCAAGCUUGAGGUUAUUACAAGGGUAGUUUUGGAUGAGACAAGCAUUCGCUAGAAUUAUAGAAUAGGAUAAUGCUUGUUGCAGUAUUAAUUUAUGUUUGGCAAAAAUAUUGUUCGAUUUAUUACAAAUGCUUUUUUUCUUUUAA